AUGGGGGAGCCCUGCGAGCCCGCGCCCUGCUCGCCCGGCGCCAAGGGGGCGGCGGACGGCGACCUCUGGGACAUGUCGCUGGGGUUCCUGGAGGGUGCCCCGGCCGCGGGCAACCGCAGCAGCAACGUGUCCUUCCUGCAGCUCCUGCGCAACAUCAACCUGGAGCGAGCCGACGGCAUGGGGGGCGACAGCUCGGAUGUGGUGCGCAUCAUCAUCUCCCUGGUGUACUCCGUGGUGUGCGCCCUGGGGCUGGUGGGCAACCUGCUGGUGCUCUACUUGAUGAAAAGCAAGCAAGGCUGGAGGAAGUCCUCCAUCAACCUCUUYGUCACCAGCCUGGCCGUGACCGACUUCCAGUUUGUGCUGACCUUGCCCUUCUGGGCAGUGGAGAAUGCCCUGGACUUCAACUGGCUCUUCGGCAAGGCCAUGUGCAAGAUCGUCUCCUACGUGACUGCCAUGAACAUGUACGCCAGCGUCUUCUUCCUCACUGCCAUGAGCGUGGCUCGCUACCGCUCGGUGGCUUCAGCCUUGAAGAACCAGCGGCGUGGGGACCCGCUGGGCGGCUGCUGCUCUGCCAAGUGGCUCUGCGUGCUCAUCUGGGUGUCAGCCAUCCUGGCUUCCCUGCCCCAUGCCAUUUUUUCCACCACCGCCACUGUCUUCGAUGACGUACUCUGCCUCUUGAAGUUCCCCGAGGGCCGUGGCAGCAAUGCCCAGUUCUGGCUGGGGCUCUACCACAUCCAGAAGGUGCUGCUGGGCUUCGUGGUGCCGCUGGCCGUCAUCAGCCUGUGCUACUUGCUCCUGGUGCGCUUCAUCAGCGACAAGCACGUCGGCAGCAGCUGCAGCGGCCCCAGCACCAAACGCCGCUCCAAGGUGACCAAGUCCGUGUCCAUCGUGGUCUUGUCUUUCUUCUUGUGCUGGCUGCCCAACCAAGCGCUCACGCUGUGGGGGGUCCUCAUCAAACUCAACGUGGUGCACUUCAGCACCGAGUACUUCCUCUCCCAAGUGUACCUCUUCCCCAUCAGCGUGUGCUUGGCGCACUCCAACAGCUGCCUCAACCCCAUCCUCUACUGCCUCAUGCGCCGCGAGUUUCGCAAGGCGCUCAAGAGCCUCCUCUGGAGGAUCACCUCACCCUCCCUCACCACCAUGCGCCCCUUCACCGACACCACCAAGCCCGAGCAGGAGGAGCAGGCCCUGCACGCCCUGGUGCCCAUGCACCCCGUCGCCGCCUCCUCGCCCGCGGCGGCCGUCCAGCCCGAGCUGGCCUACUACCCGCCCGGCGUGGUGGUCUACAGYGGCCGCUACGACGUGCUGCCCGCCGGCUCUUCCGAGCAGCGCUGCUGAGGGCGGGUGCCGGCGGCCGCACCGGGGGACUGC